CACCGCUGGCAGGCGGCGAGAUGGCGGGUUCCCCCGACGCGGUGCGCAUGGCCGCCAGCUGCCUGCGGGAGUUCGUCGACUUCGCUCGCGGGGCCUGCGGCGGCGGCGGCGGCACCGGUGCCGCGGAGCUGCGGGCUCUGCUCCGGGGUCUGGACGACUCGUGCGUGUCGCUCGAGCGAGCCGGUCGCGUCAUGCUGGCGGCGAGGGCCUCGCACGGCCGCCCACGAGCGGGCGACGCCGACUCCGGCGGCGGCGGCAGCGGCGCCGCCGGGGAGGAGCGGAUCGCGGAGACGGCGCGCGCCGUGCUGGACGCCGUGCACCGCACCCUGCGGCUCGCGGCGGCCGAGCCGCGGGCCCGGGCGGACGCGGGGCCCACCUCGCCGCGCCGCAGGGAGGUGCCGCCGCUCACGUGCGUGGCGCCAACCGUGGUGCCCGCCGUGGCGCCGAGCGCCGGCAGCGACUGCAACUAUGCGCAGCUGCAGGGCCAGGCCGACUUGGAGAAGCCGUGGCUACUGCGGCGGCAGGAGGAGGAGGAGAAGGGCGGGUGGAGUCCAUACGAGGCCUCCACUUCUCCCUCCGUGACAGAUCAGGGUGCCGACAUCAAGAAGCAGCAGCAGGAGGCACCGGAGCCGGCCAGCGCAAAGUCGGAGCUGGCGCGCUUCCUGUCGAAGCGCGGCCGCUGCGAGCUCGUGUCGGGCAUGGCGAACGCGCUGGCGGCGCUGGCGGGGUGCGUGCGGCGCGGCCGCUGGGCGCCGCAGGAGCUGGUGACGCACAGCAAGGCGGCCGUCAUCGCGGGCCACCGCCUCGCCUACGCCAGCGACGCCGUGGCCAGGGGCGGCGUCGAGCGCCCGCUCGCCCCCUUCGCGUCGUUCGGCGCCCCGCUGUGCGACGCGCUGCGCGACCUCGUGGAGGCGACGCGCGACGCCGCCACGGCCGGCGCGGGCGGCGUCGCCGGCGCGGGCGGCGUCGCCGGCGCGGGCGGCGUCGCCGGCGCGGCGCCAUCGCCGCCGCCCCGGCUCGCGGUGGCGCGGCUCGAGCGCAGCCUCGUGCGGCUCUCCGAGCAGGUGCUGCUGUUCGAGAGCAUGAUGAGCGCGCUGGUGACGGCGUGAGGACGUGCGGCUCGCGCCCCGGGGGGGGUUAACGGGACGUUUGGUGUUUCUUGAAUGUCGGGGAGACAAGUGGUGGGGGGGGGGGAAAAAACCCAUCUCUGCUCGGUUGAUAAAGUUGGUAAAACUUUGUGUGGACGGUCAACAGUUGUGGGAGAGAUUGGACCCCCACCAUGGGAAUGGUGAAUUUCCACCACCUGCUCGGGGCAACGAAGAGAGUUGAGUGCCCCCCCCCCCCCCCCCGCUGCGCCUCGAUUGCUCGUCCCAGUAGUUUUGCAUGGAAUGUCGCUCGCGUGGUAGAGCAGUAGCGCGCCUAGUGGUGGGAUUGUGCAUUCACAUCACAGCUCGAGUCGACGAAGCACCAGCACCAACACCCCUCUAGCAUCACCACAAGCACCACCACCACUCUCAGUAAGCGUCAUUCAUCAUCCCUCCGGUGUCAUUGAGGUGAGCACCACCUACAAGAAAGUUAACAGUGGCUGUCUCGGAAUGCAAUGCUAUGCCAGCCGGCCCUAAAGAGGAAUAUACCGGCACUGAAAUCGGGUUGUAUUUAUUCGUCGGUGUAGCGGGAUGUGAAUUCGAAUUCUGGCUAUGGGUGUGCGACUCGGUCUAAUUCUCUGGCGCCGGGUCACAUCGUCGGAGAUUAGUGGCUCGUUAGGGUCAGUUCAAGCGGACACUUUGAAAACCUGAGUCUCAAGACUCCUUGAGGAGGAGGGUCCUGCUUGGGGGUGUUUCUCCGCUCGUGGCGUGGACCCCCACGCCGUGGCUCCCGUCGCACAGUUGAGAGCCAAUCGGUUAUCGAGUCUAACGUGUGCAACGUUUGGUAAAACGUCGCGAUGACAUUUAUUAACUUCUGUAGGGCGCAUAAGAGUGCACCGUGGUUUCUCAAAACGCGACAGAGUAAAUCACGCGACAGUGGAUCAAUUCUAUAAUUACAAGGUGAUUCUCACGCUCGCGCUACUCGCACUGAAUCGUGCGUGCAAGAAUAUGCAAUUUAUGCAAAUCGCACGAAAAUAAUAUAUAAUAUGCAAGCGUCAACUCAAGACCAGCGGAGCGAGCGUGACAAGGUCGGGCCAUUGACGGAGCUCCCGGUGGAGACGUCCCACCACUCGCUCGCUCAGCGCUCGCGUCAGCACUUCUUGCCGCAGCCGCCCAUUGCGGUGCAGCAAACACGCCACAGAAAUCUUCAGCCCGAACAAAACACGUCGCUGUUGUUAGUCUUUAUACCUAGGCUGUGCGUCGCAGGCCAUCUGUGGCAGGCUUGAAGCUUGUAGUCAAUAGCAAGGGACGAUUGGAAAGUGGCCCCCACGUGCGGUGUUUCUCUCUGGGUGGUCAUGGCGAGGCCGGUGCGCGGUGGGAACCGCACCGUGGCGGUCUCUCCACAGAGAGUGGGGAAUUCAAAAGCAAGUCCUGCGAUUCGGCAGUCUCCUUAUUUAAAGAAACUAAAGUAAACCGCCGCAUUGCUGCUGAUCUUGUUGUUGUGUUUGUUUGGCACUCGUCUCUAAUUGGAUCCGGGCGAGCUACAGGUCGCCGCGUGGCAGACACACCGAGCGAUCCGCUUGCAGCGGGACAGAGCAGGCGGCCCAGCGUGGGUGGUGCCAGGCCAAAGUCCUGAGGUCUCCCUCCCCGGGCCACCGCAUGGCGUGACGGGUUGCCACGCCGCCCCUGCCACCUGCAGGGGACUCCGAAUUUGGAUCAACUCGUCGUUCUGUGUCGACGUUGAUAGCAGUGCCCCCAUCGGCGUCGCAAUACGACGGAACUCUCCGCAACUCGCGUAGCAGGGCAAUUGCACCAGCCCGAGUCAAAUAGACAUCCCUCAGAAGGUGAUGGCUGCCCCAUUUUAGGUGGCACAGAUUUUUAUAUUGCCUGCUGCAGGAAAUGGCGACGUCAUAACACACCGACAUUUUUAGGCCUCGAAGCAGGAAUAAGUUAAAAGAAGUGACAAUCUCGGGCGGCUGAAGCCCGGCUCUGAGUCUGGGAUUCUCGGUACUGCCGGCUCGCUUCUCUCUGGAAGCGGAUUGGCCACCGUGAGCCUCGGGGCCUCUUGGCUCUGGCGUUUGACGCCCAAAUCUUGAGAGCCAAGCCUGCACCUCUGUAUCCUGGGUUCAAACCCCGCUUCACCCCCUGUGCCUUUCAGCGGGUCUCCUGCGUAGGUUUCGUCCAGGCUGCAAUGAUGCCCGCAAUGGCAUUUCAUUGUUUUAAGUUAUAGAUUUUUUAUUUUUUUAAGUUAUGUUUUUUCUAGAACGGUGUCAAUGUUCAAUAUUUGCGUUUUCAGGUCCGAUACAGUCAUGUGUUUUUCACAUAAUAAUGUAAGCGGCAUUAUUAAUAUUUUUUUUAUUGAAACGUAAUGUGUGUUGUGUUUCCUGUGAAGGAUGGAACGUUAUUGUAAUCGUGCAGGCAUAUGUACUGUGUAUGUAUAUAUGUAAUAGAGUAUUUUUCUACUUAUUAAGGGUGGCAUUGUUAGUUUCGUCUCCACUGUGCUUGGGAUGAGAUGUGCUCUGAUUGGGGUCAAAUCGCAUCAUUCUCCGCUGAUUGGAUCCCACCAGGUGUGGAACCGUUCCGUAGAAGAACUACGCUCUUAAUCAUUAACAAUAAAAAAAGUGUCGUAAAGGAAAAAUUGCCGUCAUAUACAGUCCACCGUAAAUAGCAAAUCGUGUCAUGUAAGUAAUUGUGCUGGAUUCAAAGUGGUCAUUCCCCAGGCCUGUGAAAACCACACCGGGACGGCCCAGUUUAGCAUCCAGGCAAAUGGGCUUAUCGAGAUCGUUUCCAUGGUGGCCUUAGCGGGACACGUGACCUGUUAGCGGGGCACGUGGCUCCCUCUCGGCUGGCCACAGGAGGCGACACUCACCCAAGCCACCCUCGUGACUGACCUUGAUGUCUGGAUCUUGAUGUCUGGAUCUUGAUGUCUAGAUGUCUGGAUCUUGAUGUCUGGAUGUCACGGGGUCAACGAAGAAAAUCCGAGUGCCACUUUGGUGUCUCCCGAUGUGGACAAUUGCCCUCCCUCCUUCUCCCUUGAGAUUCCCAAAAGAGGUAUUUUAUUGAUAUUCACUGGAACGUACGUUGAGUUUUAAUAUUAGUACAGGGCCCUAUUUAACAAGCAUGAACUCUCAGCUCCGCGUCCCCUGGGAAGUUUAUAGAUCCACCUCCGGCACCUUCUCUAGAGCGAGGGCCCCCGUGGGCCCCAGGGGACGGCAGUCGCAAUCGGAGCACGCUGAAGGGUCGACGAGCUCGUUAGCCUCGCGACCUUCACCUCCCAGCCUGCGUGUGCUGCAUCGCAACGAGUAUUUGCAAGUUGCGCCGUGUAACAAAGACGACCCCUGCAUCAUAGCCUGCACGGGCCGUGUGGGCCGAGUGGAGUUCGCGAGCACCUUAUGCACGCGGAGCAAAGACGCGCGCACGUGCGGUGGGGGCGAAUUGCAAACCGGGGCACAUGUCUCUGUGGUGUGCAUGGCGGGGGGGAGGGGGAGACGGUGGCAGUCUUCACUGCCACCCGAGUGGAAGUUGCCAAGGGGUGCGUAUCGGCCGCUUCUACCACGAGCAUCUCGCCAACAUCGGAGCAUCUCAACCCCGUGCAGAGCGCGCGAUGGUGCCGGUGGCACACGCACGCACGCCCCAGGGGACGAGUAUCGUGGACCAGACCAACAUGCAGACGCUUAGUGUGCACGCACGCGCACAGGAUGAUGCUUGUAAAAUGUUUUACAAUUGUAGAAAAAUAAAAAAUAAAAUAAAAUCCCUUUUUUUGAACUCCACAACACACACCAAACCAAAAAACAAAUACCCUCGAUGAUAACCUUCUAUUGAGGCGAAUACUGUUAGCGAGCACCUAUGAAGGCCGCCACGGCGCAUGAGUGGGUGGUGUGGCCAGUGCCAUGGCUGGCCACGUCUUUACACAUCACAUGGUCAAGUAUUCCUUUUAAGGCUGAGUUGUCCUAGAGGAGGCUCGGCCAGGAAUCCAUUCAGAUAUCGCCACUCUGAGCAGUGGCAUGCGAAUCGACCUCGGGUCGCCGAGUCCACGGUGAAGUGUGCUCACCACUGCACAACCGCUCCCCACACACUCGCACACAGGACCCUGUCUCACCCUGAUUUCAUUGCAGAUAUUAACCAGAAGCCCCGAGGUGGCUUUUUUUAUUCAUAGCGGCCAGCAGGGUUGGGAGUUGAUGGUUGUUUUGAUGAUGUACAGUUUCUGUCAAUG